UCCCCAGCCCUCAUUUAAGGGUUGGCAGGGGAAGGGGGGGUGUUUUGCUGGAGGUCCCUGUGUAACAAGCCUUUUGAAGGUAAGUUCUUUCCUUUAUUUUUGUGCUGUUGAAUUUAGAUGAGUUGUUGCUUGUUGCAGUGUGGGAUUUUGCUGCUUUGCUGUUACUGCUGCCCUUUCCAUCAUGUUAGUGUUAAAUGUGGGGGAGAGUAGUCAUUCUUGCAAUUUGGAACUGUUCUGUGCUACUUGUCACUAGUGAUAACGGUAUGCGGACUGAAGAAAUACUUAAUUUUUUAAAUGCAGUGAAGUUCAAACUUGUGCUCAAUAGCAUGGUGGUACUGAUUUUUGCUUGUAUUGUAUGUCUACUAGUGCCUGGUUUUAAAGGUUCAAAUGGGAGUAAGGUUCAGGACCAGGAAAUCAAAAGGUUUAUUUUUCAAUAGCAGUUGUGUGUGUAAGCCCUUCAGUUUCUGUUGGGGGUAGAAAAAAAAAAAACAAAAAACAAAAAAAACACACAAUAAUAACUGUAUGUUGAAAGAGAACAGUUAUUUAUUUCCCCGUACCUAAAUUUGUAGAGCGCUAGAAUAGGCCUGAUACAACAGUGUUGUGAUUUCAGGGCACACAAAGCGCUAUCUGUUUUAUGUGCAAUGAAAUGUGGAACAUGCACAUGUAAAGGCACUUAUCCCAGUCCAUGAAACAAAUGCUGCAUGCCACCAGCUUGAAUGCGCUUGAACUGCGAGUACUGACAUCAGAGCUGAAAGAGUAAUCUGCUUGUCCUAAUCCUUGGCCCUCUGCUCUGCCCUUAGAGCAACAUGCCUCAUGACAUCCAGAUUUUACUUUGCAAUGUGGAAAGUGAUUUUUCAUCUCUAGGAACACCAGAGAUUUCAGAGUGUACAAACACCAAAGUACUGGUAAAUCUCUCCAGGCUUUUCCACACCUGCUCACCUCAACUGAUAGGAAUGGUGCAAGUACAUGCUUCUCUCUUUCUUCUCUGUCACUUUGCUGAAAGUUACACUGAAAAAGUAUUCAUAAAUUUGACUGUAAUAGAAUAGCAAUAGCAGUAGAAAUCACAUACAAAUAUCUAUAUUAUUCAUUGAUGAGGAGAGGGGGGGAAAAAAAGCCCCAUUUCCCAAACCAGUAUGAGUUGGAAGAAUAUGCAAAUUCACUGUACUUCAUAGGAAGCAUAGGAUAGAGGGCUCAGGAAGACAGAUGUGAUGAUUUCACAACUGAGAGAACAGUAGGAUGUGUUUGUUACCACAGCAGGCCCUGAUUUCAUGUGGAUGCAGAGCUCAAGCUAAUUGCAUGCUCCUAAAGAUUGCUGUUUAUCUAGAGACUGAUUUAAAGCCUGAUGAAAGCAAUGGCUAUCUACUCUGUUGUUAUGAAAUAGUCUGCCUUAAUUUUGAAUCCUUCUAAUGAUUGCUUAUUCCUUUUGUUAUUCUAAAGCUAACGUUUUGUAGUUUUGCACAAAUGCUAACACUUAAAGAUGACUAAAUAUAUUUUUUUCAGUGGAAAAAGUAAGCAGGGAGCUGCAUUGUACUGGUUCUAAUGUCAUACACAGGUGUUAAGAGUUUUCAUGAAGGACACAAUGCCAACCUGUCACCUUCCCUUCUACAAACCUGAAUCCCUUUUGUUACACAGAAUAUUUUACAGUUUUCUCAUAUGCUUUAAUUUUUGUGCCUGGUUUCUCAGUAGGUUCUUUGUGUUUGUUUUGAACUGUGUAUGUCAUUUCCAAAGAAGACAAGUGAUACUUUCAUAGUUUUCAUCUUAGCUCAGCUGAGUGUGUAAGAGAAAACUGUAUAACUCCUCGACUACACUCAGUACAUGACAAAGUACUCGACAAUAUUUGAGGUAAGUACAUAAGAAAUUGAAUGUUUAAUACAGCUCAGUUUCUUCAAAUUAAAUGAAUGGGUGUAUAAAUAUUUACAGAUAAAUGGGAGUUACUCCUCAGAAGCCCCAAACAAACAAAAAUUCCAGAUUAGGUGUUUUUUCAGAUCUGUUUUCCAGCCCUCCAGGCAGCCGUAUGAAUCUAGCACCUCAUCCCUUCUCCAGACAAACUUUCUGGCUGCCCACCCUUUCUCAUUCUCAGUAAUUUUUGGUGAUGAUUUUUUCCUCCUCUCUGACACAUUCUUUCAUUUUCUGGCCUUUGAGUGCUUUCUCUGGCAUGAAAACCUAUUGUGGACAUUUGAAUUCAUGUUCAUAUACAACAUUCAUAAUUCAUAUUAAUGUACGAUAGCUCACUCAGUCCCCAGGAGGGAAUGUCUGAGAGGACACUGAAGAAGAUGACAAGAAGCAGGUUGUUGUAAUAGAAGGCUAUAAGCCUCAUAACUCAUCGCUAAUCAUUGCAAAACCCCUGCCUCAAAGCAGGGAUCUGCAGUACCUGGGUUAAUGUGGACAACAUUAUGUGAAUAGUUAAGAAUGAUACGGAGAAUCCUCUACUGUCCAGGUGUCCUUUCCUACUGAAACACUGUGUAGUCAGAAAUUUGACUGAAAUCUGUCCAAACCUUUCUGUUUGGCUUAUUAAAUGAUUUGUAGACUUUUCUCAUCUGACUAGUGGAUUAUUUGCUAUGAAAACUUUUUUUAACAGCUUUUACAGAGAGGAUGACUCUUGCUGUUACGAGCUCCAUCUAUUCCAUCCAGAGUUGCUCAGAGCUGGAGUCGGAGCGUGACCCUCCUGUGGCUCAUGCUCUGCUUAUUACCUCCCAUUCUAGUCUGCUAGUAUUCCAGGCACAGUCACAUGUGAGGGGGACCGGUUUUCCUUUAGUCUGCAACCGUGUAUGCAACAGACUCAAGACGUUUAGUUCUGUGAGAACAAGUCUUGACUCAAACAGAUCAACCAAGUGCCAUGUUACUUUGGCCAUGCUGUCACGUUCAGAUGCCUUUCGUGUACCCCAAAACUCUUACCAAUCUUGCUGCUUUGCUCUGUGUUAUGUCCAUUUUUACUUGCCUUCCAUAUAUAACAAUUGGGUAAUGCAUCCCACUUAAUCGCCCUGUGCUCAUUGGCCUCAUGCUACUGACUGAUGAGUGGUCCACUGUAUUCAUUAGAUUAUGAUACUGAUGCUUGUGCAUGUAAACAUACUUAAGUUGAAGACUUUAUGAUCUGGUUUCCCUGCUGUCUGGCCUUGAACUUUCACUUCUUAUAAUGCAUUGAUCUUUCAACCCAGCGUGACCAUAAAAACUGGGGAACUGCUGGGUAAUUGCUUGGGUAUACUGGUGAAGAACCAGGAAUUUACUCUGUGGAUCCUUCAGGAAGAAGUCUUUCAGAGUGCUGAGAUGUAAAACUGUUGUCUUCAAAAAAAUAAACAUGUUUUGUUCACGACAGAAACUGAAGGAAGAUAAUUACCUGUGUGACUAAUGGCUGGAAGUCUAUUCAGCAGUCCUGGUAAAGUGCUCUGAUAUGCAUGGCUAGAAUGUCCUCAGGCAAAUGAUUUAAAUCGGGAGUGAAAAGCAUGGCAGAUGAGCAAGAGAUCAUGUGCAAACUCGAGAGCAUCAAGGAGAUCAGAAAUAAGACUUUGCAGAUGGAAAAAAUAAAGGCACGUCUAAAAGCAGAGUUUGAAGCCCUGGAGUCUGAGGAGAGGCACCUGAAAGAAUACAAACAAGAAAUGGACCUGCUGCUGCAAGAGAAGAUGGCGCAUGUGGAGGAGCUGCGUCUGAUCCACGCUGAUAUUAAUGUGAUGGAGAAUACUAUCAAGCAGUCUGAGAAUGAUCUCAAUAAACUCUUGGAAUCUACUCGUCGCCUGCAUGAGGAGUACAAACCCCUAAAGGAGCAUGUAGAUGCUCUGCGAAUGACACUGGGCUUGCAGAGGCUGCCAGACUUGUGUGAGGAAGAGGAGAAACUGUCCCUUGACUACUUUGAAAAGCAGAAAGCUGAAUGGCAGACAGAACCACAGGAGCCUCCCAUCCCAGAGUCUCUGGCUGCAGCUGCAGCAGCUGCCCAACAGCUGCAAGUGGCUAGGAAGCAAGAUACCAGACAGACAGCAACGUUUAGACAACAGCCACCUCCAAUGAAGGCCUGUUUAUCCUGUCACCAGCAAAUUCAUCGGAAUGCACCAAUAUGUCCACUCUGCAAGGCAAAAAGCCGAUCUCGGAAUCCCAAAAAGCCCAAAAGGAAACAGGAUGAAUGAAACGCAGAAAACUGCUGAGCAAAGUGUGACCUUUUCCAAUACCAUUUUGGUAGAACUGUAAAUGUGGCCAGACUUUACUGAAGUACAGACUCAAGUACGACCAACUCAUUGUUUUCUAUCAAUGCAAUGUAAGCACAAUGUUUCUGUUCUGUUUUGAUUUUGUUCUAGUCCUUAGGAUGUUUUAGGAAAAUAAGUAUUAAUGGUGCUACAGUUUAAUGUUUCAAUCAUUCCAUUUUUUGGAUUCCUAAGCAAUAUAGAAUUCUUAUGUGAAUAUCCUAGGCAUCAGGCUAUGAUUAUUGGCCAAAUGCAAUUACUACAGAUACUUUCAUGUCCUGUUUUUCAUAGUCAUAGAAUGGCUUGGAUUGGAAGGCACUUAAAGGAUCAUGAAGCUCUAACCCCUCCCCCCUCUGC